AUGGCUGGAUUUGUUCGUGUUGCGAAGAGACUGCUGCUGCUGCUGCUGCUGCUCCCGCUAAUCACAACAGGUGUGGCCGCAGAGGAUGGUCUGAUAUCUGCAGUCAGGGCUUACGGUAUUGCAGUUCCAUGUGAAGGAGGCUUAGUGUGCUUUCAUAUAUGGCAGAUCGACACAUUGGAUGGUGAACACAUUGGCAUAGUCAGUAAUGGGGAGCUCCAGACUGCUGAAACCGAGGAGGAUAAAUGUAAUGUCCAAAUCCAAGAUAUCACAGCAGAGGAUGUUGGACGUCAUCGCUGCCAAAAAAGGACAAGCGACUUCUCUCUUUACAACACUGCUCCUGUGAUAAACCUCACGCCUGCCAAAACUGUAUCCCUGCAGUGUGUUUUCAGGGUUGUGGAGAAGAGGUAUUGCCGUACGAAGCUGAAUAAGAGACUCAGUCUGAUGUGGGUGGAUGAAGCUGGCGCUGAGAUACAAGCAGACUCCCAGCAUCACAUAAUGCAGCGUUCGUCUUGUGAUAUAACUCUGACGGUCACUUAUCAGAGUCCUGAAAACAUGACGUUUAGGUGCCAGGCCACUGUGGCUAGACAGGUUUUCACUUCAGUGGAGUUGCAAGUCCGAGCCUCAGCCGUUAAAGGGAAAGGAAGAGGCCUGAUUUUUGAAAUAGAAACAGAAUAUCAAGGUUACAACCAGGACACGAUCGGGGCCGCUGUGGGGGUUGUAGCCUGUGUGGCUUUGACAGUGGCAGUUGCAGUGUUUGCAAGGAGGAGAAGGAGAACAAGAACAAACGGCCAACAGCACAAUGAGUCCUGUUCUGCCCAGUCCAGUACCUGCAAUGCCGUUAACACUGAUGAUGUCAUCUAUGCUGACAUUAUUCACCCCAGUGGCUCUGACAGUGUGUGGGUCCACGAGUGCGAGUCGACGGAGUAUGCCUGCGUCCAGUACAAAUAAUCUGCCGUCUGAAACAGUGUUGCUGCUUUUUUUUUGUCUCUGUGAGCUCCAAGUGUGCUUCUGCCAUUUAAAUACUGAGAAACACUCCAUAACGAAGCCGUGUACUGUGACUGUGGCACCUACUGUAUAGUGGAAUAAGGGUGCUAUUCCAUUUACAUAGUAUUUAACAGAUUUUUCAACAGUCUACCUCAAUGCAUUCUUCACUUUACUUUUCAGACUUACAAACAGCAUUGUGAAUGGUGACGACAAAUGUACAUACUGUACCACAACAUGUUUUUAUCUGCUCAGAUCCAUUCUAAACAACAAUAAUAAUAAUAUAACAUCACAAAUGCUGGAGAAACCUAUUGAACCAGGUGUGCUCGAUGGUGAUAACUCAUAGCAGGGUUUCAAACGUACAGCCUGCGGGCCAGAACCAGCCCACCAGAGGGUCCAAUCUGGCCCGCAUGAUGAAUAAUUUUUUUAUAUUUAACAGUUUGAGAUAUACUGUGACUUAAUAUGUUGUGCCUGUGUAGGUGUAAUGCACAUGUGUAAACUUGUUUUUCUCAAGAAAUGUGAGGUUUGUCGAUAAUUUGUUUUGUAAAAAAAAAAGAUACUUUUAUUAAAUCUAAAAUGUCUUUAUAUGUUAUUUUAUUUUACUUGUCCGGCCCACUUGAGAUCAAAUGGUGCCUUAUGUGCAUGAUUUACAUGUACACGAUUAAGAGCAAGAACAAAUGAAUAUUUUCCUCAGCACAAACUCAGAUUUGGAGUAUUUGAGAAACUGGUUAUACUGGAGAAUACAAUCAACUUACACUUGAGAAAAGUGAAUGUGGUGGUAGACGAGGCCAAAGAGUUAUAUUUCAGCAUUAAUUAGCAACAUGUUCAGACAUUUUAGAGUUAAACUAUUUCAUGCCACAACAAACUGUGCAGCCAAAUGCAUCCAUUUAUUUUGUUUACCUUAUGCAAACAUGCUAAAUUGUCCUGAAACGAGGUGGCCUUAGUUUUCAGCUCUCUCCCCUCUUUGAGUGCACCUAUACACACACACACACACACACACACACACACAGACACACACAAACACUUAUGCACAUACAGUACAGUGACAGCCACCACAGCAGGUGAGAGACUGCCGGAGCCGGCCCCAGUGUUGCCCUAUUAGCAUUUUAAAUACUUGCAGCCAGCCCACUACUGUGUUCACAGUGCAGCACAGCUAAUCUACACACCUUAGGUGUGUGUGUGAUAGGCUACUCCUGCCAACAAUCUGAGGGGGUGGAAGAGAUGGUAAAACACGCUGACAAAAAAAGGGGGGAGGGAUAGAUAAAGGGGAGAAGCCCUUACAUGUCGCAAAAAAAUGAACAAUUUGGAUAAGACCAUAUCUCUUAAUAAUGUGAAAGUAAACAGCAACUCGGCAAGAUUUAAAAUGCAAAACGAACGUACAGUUAUUGCUGAAGAGGACUAUGACCUGGAUGAUUGAGAACUGUAUGUUCCCAAACUCAGUUCACUUCGCUUCGGGCUAAUUCAGUACAUUUAUUCUGUGUAUUUGUAUACAUCACCACCUAAAGCAUUUUUUCUAUCCAAUCCAAUCCAACUUUAUUUUAUCAAGCACUUUAAAACGACAGCAGCUGAAACAAAGUGCUGUACACCAGAGAAAAAUAAAACAAAUACAAUAUAGAAAUACAAGACCUAAAAACAUCAAUAAAACAAAUGAA